AGCCCAAAGAAGACAAAAAAGGGGAAUCAAACUUUUAAACUUGGUGAGAAAUAGCAGAAGAAAGAGAAAAGAAAACCAAAAAAAAAAGAACAGUAAUCGUAGAAAAGAGUAAAAGAGUGUUGAUUUGGUGCUGACAGUAAUCAACACAAAAAGUAGUGAAAAAUGGGGUCGAGGAGAGUGACGAAGACACUGGAAGAUCAAUGGAUGGUGGAGCGUCAAGUUCGGGAGAUAUACGAUUUUUUCUACAGCAUUCCUCCCAAUUCCCAGUCCGUAAUCUUAGAGCUUCAACGUGAUAAGCACUUCGAUUAUCUCACUCGAGGUCUCAGAAAACUUGGUCCGUCGUUCUCCGUCUUGGAUGCUAAUCGACCAUGGCUUUGCUACUGGAUACUUCAUUCAAUCGCUUUGUUGGGAGAAUCUAUUGAUGCCAAACUGGAAAAUGAUGCAAUUGACUUUCUGAGCCGUUGCCAGGAUAAAGAUGGUGGCUAUGGCGGUGGACCUGGUCAGAUGCCUCAUCUUGCAACUACUUAUGCUGCAGUCAAUUCACUCAUAACUUUGGGCAGCCCUAAAGCUCUGUCAUCAAUCAAUAGAGAAAAAUUGUAUACAUUUUUGCUGCGAAUGAAAGACACAAGUGGUGGCUUCAGGAUGCAUUAUGGUGGAGAAGUAGAUGUUCGUGCCUGUUAUACUGCCAUUUCUGUUGCAAGUAUAUUGAAAAUUGUGGAUGAUGAACUGAUUAAUGGUGUUGGAAAUUACAUCCUAAGUUGUCAGACUUAUGAAGGUGGAAUUGCUGGCGAACCAGGUUCUGAAGCUCAUGGUGGGUAUACUUUCUGUGGUUUGGCUGCAAUGAUUCUGAUUAACGAAGCGAAUCGAUUGGACUUGCCAAGAUUAAUUGAUUGGGUGGUAUUUAGACAAGGAGUCGAAGGUGGAUUUCAAGGCAGGACAAAUAAAUUAGUCGAUGGCUGCUAUUCCUUUUGGCAGGGCGCGGUAGCUUUUCUUAUACAAAGAUUAAAAUCGAUAGUCCAUGAACAACUACGGCUGUCAAAUGAACUCGGUACAGAAAGUGCUGAUGAUUCUUCGGAGUCUGAGUUAUCUGAUGAAGAAGAGCAUUUGGAAAGGACAUCAUCUCAUGUUCAGAAGACUUGCCCUCUUGGACAAGAAG